AUGGCGGAUGGAACGGAAGGCAAUGCACCGCCGUGCAUCGCUGCACUCCCACCAACAACAGUGCGACAAAUAGGCUCUCACCAACUGCUUACUGACCCCAGCUCAGUCGUCAAGGAGUUGAUUGACAAUGCUCUUGACGCCCGAGCAAAGAGUAUCUUCGUCGAUAUUGCUACCAACACUAUCGACUCCGUUCAAGUCAAGGAUGAUGGUCACGGUAUUCCCAGUGAAGAUCGGACGCUCGCCUGCCGUCGUUACUGCACCAGCAAAAUCCGAGACUUCCAUGAUUUGAAAGAGGUAGGAGGUCGGUGGCUCGGCUUUCGCGGCGAAGCACUUGCAAGUCUGGCCGACAUGAGCGGUACAGUGUCGAUCACCACACGCGUGGAGGGCGAACCAGUAGCUGUGAAGCUGACAUACCAGCGCAAUGGCGAGCUUCUUUCAACAGAGCGAGACUCACAUCCAAUUGGAACAACAGUUAAAGUGACAAAAUUACUGGAGUCAGCGAAGGUUAGAAAGCAGCUAGCCGUCAAAGACUCAACGAAAUGUCUUGCAAAAAUCCGACGUCUCAUGCAAGCCUACGCUCUUGCAAGACCUGCGAUUCGGUUUAGACUGCACGUCCUAAAGGCAAAGAACGGCAAGGGCGACUUUGUGUAUGCCCCCAAGGCUGAUGCCAAUGUCGAAGAUGCCGCCCUCAAGAUUAUUGGCAAAGAUUGCGCCUUACAGUGUCAAUGGACUGCUCUCGAGAUGAACAAUUUCGAACUGCAUGCAUUCCUACCAAGCCCUACUGCAACCGGGCCGAAUAUUGCCAAUAAUAGUGCUUUCAUCUCUGUCGACUGCAGACCGGUCUCUGCUGCUCGAGGUACUCUCAAGAAGAUUGCGACUGCUGUCAGAGAUAGGAUUCGCAAAGUUGAUUUGACCCUCGCUGCUGUAAAGGAUCCUUUCUUCUGCCUCAACAUCAUCUGUCCACCGGACAGCUACGAUCCCAACGUCGAACCAGCGAAAGACAACGUUAUGUUUGGCGACGAAAACCUCAUCAUAAACCUGGUUGACCGAUUACUUGUUUCCCAUUAUCCCGAGAGUAACAGUAGUCUUGAUGUCGUUGAGGAGGCUGCGGGCGCGAUAAUCACGCAGUCAUCUCGCGCGUCGCACAUUAGAGAGCCAUCGCCUCGACCAAUAACACCAUCGUCGACAUCCUGUAACGACCCAGUAAAGGAGAUCCAGAUUUCUAGCUCCGUGGUCUAUGAUCGACAGCCGCGUUGGAGGUCGAGCAUGUAUGGCAUCGAUGAAGAAGACCUCACCCUUCUGCCAGAGAAUGUGCACACUGUCAUCGAAGAGGAAGAAGGCCUUCGCGAUGCCGCAGUAUUCAACCCAUGGACUAUCGCCCGCAUGAACGCUCCCGUCAAACCGAAAAAGCCAGUCAGUGCCAGUCAGUUGCCUAGUCCAGUGAAGAGCCAGAGCGACGUUCUCAACGUGUCCCAAUCUUCUGCACCUGCAGCAACACCUUUUCAAACCGGGCCAUUCGAACCUCUAACUCCUCAGACACUGUCUCAAACGAACAGGCAUAGCAAUCUAUUGGACUAUGGGAUACAGCGAAGUGUUCAACUUCUGCCGAGCCCGGCUUCUCAGAACAAUUGUUUGCCAGACCACGUAUCAAGUGCACAGGCUGACCGCUCCCUCGAGCUGCCGUUGUUCAAAGAUGCACUGUCUCCUGACUUCUUUCGACCGGUGCGUCGAACCUCCGUUCCGGAUACAUCGAUUGAACGCUCGGCUGCCCUACGGCGCAGCUAUAAACCUCGGCCGCCGCAUAGAGGCAAAAAAUGUGCACCUUCAAUCCUCCAGUCAGGCGACACCUGGUUCGGACAGCCUAUGUGCAGCGCUUCCAAAGCGUCUAGCUCUCAAAAGCGAUCUCAAAAACCAAAGCUACCCUUGUUUUCGAAUGAACACGCAAUUAACUCACAGACGUCAUUAACCCUUCCGGCAGCUGAGGACUUGGCCAACACAAGAAGUAACAAUACUGAUAUUCGUCACUUCUUCAGCCAUCCGAGGCCUGCACCAUCAGACGUUGGCCAUCCUGAUCUCUCCGGAGGCUUACAGCCAUGCAUUGCAGAACAACUUCGAGCGUACGCUGAGCAGGAGAGUCCGCCACGAAGCUCACCAUGCAGACCACGAUCAGUCGAUUCCCGCCAGCGUCCAACAGGCACUGCCCAGGAGAUGAAAGACCUUUUCAACCUUCACCAGGGCGCAUCGCCAGGUCCUUCCUCAAGUCCAACACGCAAAUGUGAGCCUUCAGAAGUGGUAUCUGCACCUAGAUCCGCAUCUCGAUCUCAACGCAGCAGGACAACAGAUGGUGGUCUCCACCGGACGAGAUCUUACACCCUCCCUCUCAAUUUUGUACCACAUGGCUUCGAGACCCACAAUCUGUCCCUCUUCAGAAAAAUCAGUGUUCCGAGCAUCGUGCAUCAAGCUCACAAACUCGACAUCUGGGCCAAUAGUCUAAAAUGUGGCUAUGACACCACGAACGCAUUCGACGUCUUCGCUAUACCCAUCACAGAGCGGAAGAUCAUGCAGUGGGUGAUGAGAAUCGACGACAUGUUGCACGCGGUAUUCGAGAGGAUAGACGGCGUGGAGAUUCGAGGUGCGCUGCACGAGGGCAUACAGCGCUUUCUCGAUACGCGCAAAGCAGAGAAGCGGAUUGCUGCGGGACGCGCAGUGGCCUUCAUGAACAGAGACACUCCGGCUUCCAGUGUUAAAGAUGACACCUCUGGAACUCUCGACAACGCGGAGAAUGUCCCAAUCAGUAGCUUCUCACAUCAGAGACCAGGCGCGACUCCACAGUUCGAGGAUGGUAGUAGAAACGACAACACUGGGCUUGCCCACGGACAAGAGACUACGGCUGCCACGGCUGCCACGGUCAAGUCGGAUGAGCAUGAGAACAAAAACGACGUCGAUUUCAACUUCUGGCAGUUUAUUCAUCUCAACGGAAAUGAUGCUGGAAGACAGAGCACGCCGGUGCAGAUCAGGAAGGUUGAAGAUGGAUUCGGCAAUGGUGUCGACGAUGAGAUGUUGAUGGACUUGUGA